AGUUGUCUGAUGUCUGUUCUUAUGAGGGGUUGUCUGCAGGAACCACCUCUCAGAUACAUAGAAUCUCCCUGUCUGAGAACCGGAAAAAAACCUUUUCCUGUAAACUGGCUUGAUGAUUAGUUAAUGACUGCCAGAGAGAAAGUAAAAUACAAAGAUGGCAACUACAGGCUCUGCCUCUGUCUCUGGUUGGACAAACUACAAGUCAGAAUUAAGGAUUGUGCUAAUUGGUGGAAGAGAGAUGAAUGACGGUGAACAAAGUGAAAAAAGCUUGAUAGGAAACCUCAUCCUGAGUAGAGACUUUUUUGAGAUGGGGAAAAGAACUGCCCAGAAAGUGAUGAUGACACAACAAAAAGUGCAUGGGAGGAAGCUGACAGUGGUUCACACUCCCAGCUGGGUCUGGUCCCAUCCUUUGGCUUUGACCCCUCAACUGGAUCAAUUUGAAAUCAAACGGAAUCUUCAUCUAUGUCCACCUGGGCCUCAUGCCUUCCUCCUAGUCAUUCCUAUUUGUUAUCCAUUUGAUGAAAUUGAUGAAGCAUCACUGGAAGAGCACAUGAAGGUUCUUUUCAGUGACCAAGUCUGGAGACAUACGAUUGUAGUGUUUAGUGCAGACAUUCAGUACCCAAAGAGCAUGAUUCAAAACCUCAGAGAACAACCUGUCCUCCGACGGCUUGUACAGAGAUGUGAAGAUCGCUGCCACGUUCUCCAUGUUGAGAACAAGAAUGAUGCCACUCAGGUUAAUGAUUUGCUCGAGAAGAUAGAUAAGAUGGUGGGGGUAAACAGAGACAGCCACUAUGAGACUGAGAAAGGUGGCUUUGUUAAGUUGAAAGAAAAGACAAUAACAAUUAAAGAAAAAGCAGAUAAGAGGAGGACCGGGGUGCUAAAACGAAGAUCCAGACUGCAGUCGCUUAAAGGUGAAUCACAUCAUCAAUCCCAUUUUAGGAUUCUGAUGUUGGGGGGACAGGGUGCUGGAAAGAGCACAACAGGAAACACAAUUCUGGACAACAAAGUCUUUGAAGUUGGUGGUAGAAGAACUGUGUUCUGUAAGACAAGCCAUGGUGUCAUCGGAGGCCGCAAUCUCACAGUGGUCGACUCACCAGGGUGGUUCUACAACAAGAGCCUUAGCAGCACUUCUGAGAUGGACAAACUGGAAAUACAGCGCAGCAUGACUUUAUGUCCUCCUGGACCCCAUGCUGUCCUACUAGUGGUUCCUCUAAAUAUAGCAUUCACUAGCGCCAACUUAGAAGCAGUGAAGGAACACAUGACACUGUUCACAGAAAUGGUCUGGAGUUAUACUAUCGUGUUGUUCACACAUGGAGACUGGCUGGGGGACAUAAAUGUUGAGAGCCACAUAGAAUGUGAAGGGGAUCACCUCCAGGGGCUUCUUGAGCUGUGUGGGAACAGGUAUCAUGUCUUCAACAAGAAGAACAUAGGUGAUUCAACUCAGGUUACAGACCUGCUGGAGAAGAUAGAGGAGAUGGUGGCUGGAAACCAAGGUCACCAUUAUGUGCCUGACAGAAAUGUUUCAGAGUCCUUAGAGAAGACAGGUCAAGAGGUGGAGAGAAAGGCACAGAUGGCCAUGUUGAAAACGGCACAGUACAUCAGAAGAGAGAAGCAUCUUGCAGGGAGGAAUCUGACAGUGGUUGACUCCCCAGGUUGGGACACAAGCCAGUCCAGCGACCUUCUGAAUGGUUUAAGUCUGUGUUCACCAGGACCACACGCUUUUCUCCUGGUCGUUCCAAUCACAGACACUUUCUUAAAGACAGACAGGAGCCACAUAGAGGCAAACAUGAAGGCCCUUGGUGAGAAAGUGUGGAAACAUACCUUAGUCCUGUUCACCUGGGGACAUUGGUUGGGGGGUAGAGCUAUUGAGGAGUACAUCGAGUCUGAAGGAGAAGACCUCAAGUGGCUGGUGGAGAAAUGUGGGCACAGGUAUCAUGUUCUGAACUGCACAUACUUUAACGUCUCUGAGGUGACAGAACUGAUGGAGAAGAUUGAGCAGAUGACCAGGAGAAACAGAGGGCACUUUCCUUUUGGGGAGACAAAAAAUACAUCCAAGAGAAGCUCAAGUUUUAAAGAGGAGUCUGCUUUUACUCAGGGGGAAUGGGAAAGGAGGGAGGAAGAGCUUAUAGAGCGCAUGUUGAAGGUAGUGGCGAUGGAACAUGACAAGUCCAUUCUAAAAACUGUCAGGAGAAGGAACAGCAUCGAACACACUCCACCCAGCAUGAGCGGUGACAUACUCUCUGGAACUGGGAGCUCAUACAGGGGCUAUGGGUCUCGUGCCAAGGUAUAUGAUUGGCUGAAAGAGAACCACGGAACCUCAGUCUCAUCUUUAGGAUAUGCCAGCUGUACUGAAGCAACUUCCUCUACAGGAUAUGACCUAACGAGUGCAGGGACCUCUUCUUCGGGACAUGUCUCUCUAGCUGAAGCCAGACAAAUAAACCCAUAUGCAAACAGUCAAACUGAGAAAACAAUUUAUCAGAACUAAAAAGUCUUUGACAACCCACCAAAAGACUGAUACUGCCUUUGACUGUUUUCCUGUUAAGUGAAAGUCUCCUGCUUUUAUCGUAGUAUGUAGCCUUUUUCGUGUGAAACAACUAAAUAGCUUGCAGGAACCUGCCUGACUUUUUUAUAAUACAAACUGACCCCAAACGUUUGUCCUAAUGUUGGAGGACAAACCAAACAGACUCUGACUUCCAGACAAGAAAUGUUUAAAACCAAAAUAUUCAGCUUCACCAUGUCUGUUGUGUUUCUUGUGUUUCUUCCCAUU